AGUCAUCAAAUCAGCUGUGUAUCACACACAGGGAACAUGUAAUAAUAAAUGUGCGUAUUAAAUUAUCGGUGUGAAAAUGUCCACUGAGACAAUUGAUAAAAAGGCAACUCAAUGUUUAUGAUAAAUUCACGGUUAACGAGACAUGGCGCGCCGGAGGAGCAGCGGUAUCACGAGCCUGGGGUUUAACCAGGAUCAAGGCUGCUUCACUUGCUGCCUUACAACUGGGCUGCGCGUGUACAAUGUUGAGCCACUCGUUGAGAAGACCCAUUACAGCAAGGAGGAGCUGGGCGAGGUGUCGCUAUGCGAGAUGGUGUUCCGCACCAACUGGCUCCUGGUGGUGAAGGCGCGUCGGCCCUGCAGUCUCAUGCUGCUUGAUGACCAACAGCGCGCUUAUAGAGCCGAGGUGCAGUUCAAGUCGCCCAUAAGAGCACUGCGCGCUAGGAGAGAUAAAGUGGCGGUGGUGCUCUCGUCCAGCAUCCAAGUCCUCUCGCUGCCGUCACUCCAGCGCGUGGCUUUGCUCCGCACACCCCCUACAGGGAGGCCAUUGUGCGCGCUCUCCACAGAUUCCAACGCAGCGCAGAUACUCGCCGCGCCCGCUCAUAGAAAGGGCUCGCUACAAUUGCUGGAUGUGUCCCGAGCUGUAAAAGGCGCGCAGUCGAGCUCACCAGCAGUCGUGUGCUGCCACCAGACAGAUCUAGUCUGCUUGAGUCUGUCGGCCAACGGCGCCAAAUUGGCCACCGCAUCAGCCCGAGGCACCAUCAUACGGCUGUGGGACACCGCCUCCAAACACAUGCUGCACGAACUGCGCAGAGGGUCUGAUUACGCGGAUGUGUAUUGUAUAAACUUCAACCCGUCGGGUUCGCUGGUGUGCUGCGUGUCAGACAAGGGCACGGUGCACGUGUGGGCGGCGCGAGGGAACUACACGCACGUGGCCGCCGCCGGGGCAGUCGCCGGCCCUACACCCGCCAACUCGCAAGCGCCCUACGCACGCGCACUCUGUGCUUUCGCGGACGAUAACAACGCCGUUGUAAUCUGUGAGGAUGGGACCUUCCACAAAUUCACAUUCUCAGCUGAAGGCAACUGCCACCGAAGUGAUUUUGAAUAUUUCUUGCAGGUGGGAGACGACGACGAAUUCCUGCAAUGAUAAUUUUUUAAUUACAAAAUUGACUUUUGCUUGAUAAUUCUUAAGUGACAGAAGUGACUACUGAAUAACAACAAGCGACUUUACUAUUUCAUAUCGUGAUAAUUUUCUAUAUUAAGCUAUAAUAUGGUACCAUGUGAAAUGCUGUGUGUAAUAGUUUAAAUAAUAUUUACUCAAACUACAUAAUCACCAGUUAAACAUAUAUUUGCAUGUGGUUUCACGCGUAUUUAUAAUUUCUAGUGUUAAUAUUCUAUUUAUCAAUUUGUGAUUAUUGUGAUAUGGAUAUACAACUGAUGGCAAUUUACCAUUUUGUCUGUUAUAAUAAUAUAUACUUGUUUUACUUAUGUAACAUACAUAGAUUUAAUUGCUUACUUAAGUAUAAUAAUACUAAAUCAUUAGUAGUAUUAAAUAUGAUCGGUGACGUAGCUUUGUCCUUCAUUUUUUUAGUCUACAAUUAUUAAACUAAAAAUCUUCGGAUGAAAAUACGCUUACUCGGUCUCAAAUAUAUCCUUGU